AAUGAAGGCAGAAGUACCCAAGAGCAAGUUAUCAAAGGAGGAGUAUGAGAAAUUCAAGAGAGCGGAGAGAAGAAAGAACAACAAGAGCAAAAAGAAAUGCACUAAUGAAAAGUAAGAAAUUAUAGAGGAGGUAGUCAAAGCCGAUGAGGAGCAGGUUGUUUAUGAUGAGGAGACCUUUCAAGAGAUAGAAGUAUAUAUCAGAUUGAAUAGUGUAGAUCGACGCUCUAAUAACAGGAAAACAUUAUGACAAUUUUAAACAGGUUUUUGAUAAUUUCAAUCAACAUGCCGAAAGAUUGAUGAUGAAGACUUAUGAGAAGGUCUAUGAGGCUGAGAAGGAGAAGGAAAAGGAAUAGGAAGAAUAGUAGGCAGCAGAAUAGCAGUAAUAAUAAUAACAAUAAUAAAUUCAAUAAUUAAUUAAUGAACCAAAUCAGACAAUUCAAAAUUAUUUAUAAUAGGGGAAAAAGAAAGAAGCCAAAUUAUCAAAGAAAUAAAGAAAAUAAUUAAGAUGGUUGAAAGUAGCUGAAUUGAAGUAGAAAGUAAAGAGACCAGAUCUAGUUGAAUUUUGGGAUAUCACAUCUCCAGAUCCGAUGUUUCUAAUUUAAUUGAAGAGUGUACGUAAUUCAGUGACUGUUCCUAGACAUUGGUCAUAGAAGAGAAAAUAUUUGUAAAACAAAAGAGGAAUAUUAAAAGAACCAUUUCAAUUACCAGAUUAUAUAGAGAAGACAGGAAUUGCUAAGUUAAGAGAUCCAUUUGUAGACAGAGACGGAGGUAAGAUGGUGAGAUAGAAAUUGAGAGAAAGAAUGAAUCCAAAACAAGGCAAAUUAGAUAUCGAUUAUUAAAUAUUACAUGAUGCCUUCUUCAAGUACUAAACAAAACCUUAAAUGACAAAACAUGGUGAAAUCUAUUUUGAAGGUAAAGAAGAGGAAAUGAGAGCAAAGAACUUUUGUCCUGGAAAGAUGAGUGCUGAAUUGAGAAGUGCAUUAGGCUGUACUGAUUUCUAAGCACCUCCUUGGUUACCUAAUAUGUAAAGAUAUGGACCACCACCAAGUUAUCCUCAUAUGAGGUUUAUAGGAAUGGCUAGUAUCUUUGCUGAACCUUCCUCAUAUCAUACUUCAGUUAAAUAAGUGAUCGAGGACUCAUGCAAAAAGGCAGACUAACCAGGACUGUAUGCCACAUUCAAAUAUUAUGAUGAAGAGGAUCUAAAUGAAUUAUCCUAAAAAACAGGAUUGUAGGCUGAUGCUCCUGUGGAUAAAUCAUUAUGGGGAAAGAUAGAAGAAGUGGAGGAUGAAGCUGAAGUAGAAUAGGAAGAGGAGGAAGAACCGGAAGCUCAAUAGAGAUAAGAAUAACAAUUCGAUAAUUCAUCAUAUCAAUUUGGAGAUUCAGAGACUCGUCUUCCUGGUAGAUCUAUCAGUGGACUCUAGACUCCAGAUGUAGAUCUGAGAAGAAGUAAUCUAUUUAAAUAUUAUUGUAGAUUUACAGAAUGAUCCAAGACCUCUGUAUUAAUAAUUGGAAUAGGUGCAGAUUGAUCCUAGUAGUGGAAACUAAAUUUUUAUGACAGGACAUACAUAUGUAUUGCCAAAAUAAUGA